AUGACGAAAACAUUUGUGAAUACCUCUCCAAAUGCACUAAUUAAUGAAAACUAUUAUGAAGUACCAAAUAUAGCGACGACAUCGUUCAACAUCAGCACCGGUAGUCCAAACAUGAGUUGCAAUUAUCCAGUGAAUGAAUCAGUCAAUAGUCAUAACAAUAGGAAUCUUAACGGAACCUCAACUACACAUCUGUAUGACGAUGAAGAGCCAAAAUCUAGAUUUAGCCGAUACAUUGGUGUUAUUUUCUUAUUAGUACUCAUAUUAAUAAGUAUAGGUUUUCUAACAUUUGCUAUAUUUUAUGAUGAGAUCGUUAAUCCCGAUCACGAAACUUCCGAAGAAUACUGGGAUCGCAUUCAGAAAGAGAUCAAAAUGAGACAAAACUUGACACAAAUGACACUCAUUAACAAUAACCCAAAUCUGAUGGCCAUUACUACGGACUCGAUGACAGAACCAAUAGAGCAGAUCAUAACAUUUGAAGACUUUAUAUUCGGUCAGUUGUCUUACCGCACAUUCAAUGGUAAAUGGAUAUCAAAACAUGAGUUACUUUAUUAUGACACACAAAACAAUUUAUGUAUUACUGAUAUAAACAAUUUGAAUACAACUGUGUUAAUCAAUUAUAAAGUUGUUCGAAAGUAUCGACUGUCAGGUCUAUUACUAUCAAAGGAUCGGCAAUACCUACUGAAUACAUAUAAAUCCCGAACUUUAUACAGAUAUUCAACAUUAGCUAAAUAUAGAGUGUAUUCAAUUGUUGACCGCAAGUUAUCGGUACCUAUAGUAUCACCAGAUUUUUCAAACGAUCUCUAUCUAAACUAUGCUGAGUGGGGACCUAUUGGUUCAGAAAUAGUGUUUGUUCACCGAAAUGAUAUCUAUUUUAAAGCCGACGUCAAUUCAGUAGCCAUCCGACUAACACAUACGGGUAGUCCCGUUAUAUAUAAUGGCGUUCCGGAUUGGGUUUAUGAAGAGGAGAUAAUAUCCGGUCCAAAGGUGUUUUGGUUGUCUCCCGGGGGCACAAAGUUAGUGUAUCUUACGAUUAAUGAUACUAAUGUAGAUGUCAUGACUUGGCCCGUCUAUGGAUAUAAUAAUCAAUAUACAAAAGUAGAGUCAAUUCGAUAUCCAAAACCUGGUCGACCCAAUCCUAAAUGCAAUUUACAUUAUAUUGAUUUACAUGAAUUACAUUCAACUAACAUCUCAUUUGUUGAUCAACUAACAGUAAAUGUGAUGCCACCGCAAGAUAUAUUAAAUUUUGGAGAUCAUUAUUUUACGGCAUUUCAAUGGAUAGACAAUAAUUUAUUUUCAGUAAAUUGGAUGAAUAGGGCACAAAAUUAUUCAAUGUUAACCACAUAUAACACUGCAAACAAUAUGAAACUCUUAUCCAAUUUUAAGCUCCAGUCAAACAUAGGUUGGAUUGACUUAUUUAGUCCACCGAUAGUAUUGCCCGAUAAGAAAUCUUAUGCCAUACGUGUUCCCAAACUUAUUGACAAAAAACAUGAUUUGUUUAAUCAAAUCGCCAGUGUUUCAGUAAUGACGGGUGAGUCUACAUUUUUAACAUCAUCACUGUUUGAAGUCACAAAUAUCUUAAAUGUUAACAAAGAAACCAAUAGAAUCUAUUUUAUGGCUGUUGACCCUUUGAAAACAGGGGAAAAACAUUUAAUGAGUGUAACCAUUGACCAAAUUGGUAACAGUGCAGAACCAACAUGUCAUACAUGUCUUAUGAAUACACAUAUGGAUGACAAAAAUAAGUCAUGUCUUGUAAAUGAUAUCAAUUUUAGUGAAGGCUCUCAAUAUUAUGUGCUAAACUGUUUGGGGCCUAAUAUUCCCCGUUCAGAGAUUAGGCGCACAUCCGAUGAUACACUUAUGUUAAUACUAGAAGAAAAUAAAGCAUUGGCUGAAAAAAUCAAAGAUGUUAAUAUGCCUAAGAAAAUAUUAAUUAAAGUUCCCGUUGGAAAUUACCAAAUCGAUGUAAUGCUUAUAGUUCCCCACGAUUUUAAUGAAAAAUCUGGCAAAAAAUAUCCACUAGUUUUUCAUGUUUAUGGAGGACCGGGAAGUGAAGACGGAUCAGUCAAUCAUAACUACUUUUACAAUGGUUUUGAAGCCUUUCUGGUGGCCAACAGGAGUGUUAUUUAUGCAAAGUUAGACUCAAGAGGUAGUCCCAAUCACGGAUGCAAAUUCAUGUAUGAAAUCUAUAGAAGAUUGGGUUCGGUUGAAGUUGAAGACACCAUAGCUGUGGCCAAAUAUAUGAGAGACAAAUUAGCAUAUAUUGAGCCAAAUUCAAUAUCACUAUGGGGGUGGUCGUAUGGAGGAUACCUCACAACUAUGGCUUUAGAAAUGGACUACAAUAAUACCGUAUUUAAAUGUGGAGUAGCAGUCGCACCAGUAUCUGAUUGGAUGUAUUAUGAUUCAGUAUAUGUUGAGCGUUAUAUGGGUUUCCUCACACCCGAUGAUAACCACAAUAACUAUGUUAAGUCAUCCACUUUGGAUAAAGUUAGUCAUUUGAAUGGCAAAAAGUAUUUGAUUAUGUUUGGCACCGCUGAUGAUAACGUGCACACAAUGAACUCAAUGAUGUUAUUGAAGGCCAUGAAUGAGGCAAACAUCAAGUAUGAGACACAGAUAUAUCCGGAUAAUAGACACUCUUUGCAAAAGUCUAUGUUUCAUAUGUAUAAAAGAUUAGUUGAAUUUUUCUACCGGUGCCAUCACCAACAAUACUAUAAUAUAGUCAAAUCUAAUUAAAAUCAAAUUUUGUUU